ACGCAUGGACUAUAAUAGGAUGAACUCCUUCCUAGAGUACCCACUCUGUAACCGGGGACCCAACGCCUACAGCGCCCACAACGCCCUAACCUCCUUCCCCACCAGUUCGGCUCCUGCCAUUGACAGCUACGCAGGCGAGGGCCGCUAUGGUGGGGGGCUGCCCAGCCCUGUGCUGCAGCAGAACUCGGGCUAUCCCGCCCAGCAACCGCCUUCAGCGCUGGGGGUGUCCUUUCCCAGCUCCGCGCCCUCAGGGUAUGCCCCGGCCUCCUGCAGUCCCAGCUAUGGGCCUUCUCAAUAUUACCCUUUGGGUCAAUCGGAAGGAGAUGGAGGCUAUUUUCAUCCAUCCAACUACGUUGCCCAGCUAGGGGGCUUGCCCGACAGCUACGGAGCGGGUGGAGCCGGCCCUGGGCCAUACCCUCCGCCACAGCCCCCUUAUGGGAACGAGCAGACCGCGAGCUUUGCACCGGCCUACGCUGAUCUCCUCUCCGAGGACAAGGAAUCAUCAUCUUGCGCGUCAGAACCCAGUACCCCCACGGCCCGGACCUUCGACUGGAUGAAGGUUAAGAGGAACCCACCCAAGACAGCGAAGGUGUCGGAGCUGGGACUGGGCGCGACCGGCGGCCUCCGCACCAACUUCACCACGCGGCAGCUGACUGAGCUGGAGAAGGAGUUCCAUUUCAACAAGUACCUGAGCCGGGCCCGGAGGGUGGAAAUCGCUGCCACCCUGGAGCUCAAUGAAACGCAAGUCAAGAUUUGGUUCCAGAACCGGCGCAUGAAGCAGAAGAAGCGCGAACGGGAGGGAAGCCGAGUGCCGCCAGCUCCUCCAGGUUGCCCCAAGGAGGCAGCGGGAGAUGCCUCGGACCAGUCGACAGGCACCUCCCCGGAAGCCUCACCCAGCUCCAUCACCUCCUGAACUGAACUUUUCAACCCGCGGGGCUUCCAGCACUGUAGAGCCCUAGUCCAGUCCU